GUGUGUGUGUGUGUGUGUUCUGCUAUCAGAUAAGGCGAGAUACGUGCUCCAUUACUCACACGGUGUCACAGACUCAUCUCAAGCCAUCCCGCCAGCGCCCAGCUCGCCACGGAAAGAAGCAACAGAGUGAUGCACAGUUCACAAUAUUCGUGUAAGAUGAAGAUUAAAUAUAAAAUUGAAUAGAAGUAAAAACACGAAAAAGAAAGAAAGAAGAAGAAAAGUGUUUGCUAAAACAGCGUAAAAAUCUAGAACAACAACAACAACAACAACAACAACAACAACACCAUGCUGCGGUCAGUGCUGAUGGCGGUGCUGCAGGUGGCGUGGCCUUUGCUGCAGGUGGUGAGGUGGCUGUGGGACGCGUGGGUGACUGUCCUGUUCGUGGUGGUGGCUGGGUGGCGGCGCAAAAUUUCCUUGCCUCCUGUGUUCAACCCCGUGCUUCUGUUGUCUGCCUCCCAGCUCGCCCAUGACAUCAGGGAGAGGAAGCUGACCAGCCUGGAGGUGGUGCGGUGCUACGUGACACGCAUCAGCAACGUGAACCCGGUGCUGAACGCCCUCACUCAGGAGGAUUUCCAGGGGGCGUUGCUGUUGGCCAGGCGUGUGGACGAGAGGCUGGACCAGGGUUACCGCAACGGCAGUCUGACGAAGGAGUGGGUGAAAACACAUCAGCCUCUCCUUGGCGUUCCCUUCACUGUCACCGAGUCCAUCAGCGUGGCGGGGCUGCCUCACACUGGGGGUCUCCUGGCUCGCGAGGGGCUGCUGGCUUACAAGGAUGCCCAGGUGGUGGCUAAUCUCAAGCGAGCGGGCGCCAUCUUCAUCGGUAGCACUAACCUGUCUGAGCUCAGCAUGUGGUGGGACAGUGACAACCCAGUGUACGGCAGGACUUCCAACCCAUACGACACUCGCAGGUCGCCGGGGGGAGCGUCGGGGGGCGAGGCGGCGCUCAUGUGUGCUUGCGGGACGCCCCUCAGUGUGGGCACCGACACGGGAGGGUCUAUACGCACGCCGGCCUUCUUCUGUGGACUCUUCGGGCACAAGCCAACAGCAGGCGUGGUGAGCGUGCGUGGGUGCAACCUCCACCAGGACAUAGACACGAGCGCCCUGCAGUGCCCGGGGCCCCUCACGCGCCACGCCGCGGACCUCACGCUGGUGUUGAGCGUGCUGGCCGGGGACAGGGCCGCCCAGCUUUCCCUCGGCAAGAAGGUGAACCCCGGGGCCGUGGAGGUCUUCUCUCUAGAGGGGGACGCUGACGGGGUCCUGACGUCUGGCAUGAGUCGAGACCUACUGAGGGUGCAACGAGAGGUGACCCAGCACUACAGGCACACCUAUGACUGCACUGUGAAGAAGGUGAGAAUUCCCGGCCUACAGUGGUCCUAUCAGAUUUGGCGGGAAAAGUUGGCCGAGGAAACACAAGAUGACACGCCCAUUUACCAACAACUGGCUGACAACAAGGGGGAGAUCAACGUGGGCACGGAGGUCACCCGGUGGCUGCUGGGACGGCCGCACCACACAUGGCCCUCGCUGUCCCAGGCGGUGCUGGCCAAGGUGGUGGCCGAGGCUCAGUUCUUACGGGACCAGGAGAAGGUGCUGUUCGGCAAGGAGAAGACCGCGGCGCCCUCCAACAGAAAGAUUAGGGUGGAUGCUCAGUGGAAGGCGCUGCAGAUGAGGAUACAGCGCCUCCUGGGCCACGGCGGCGUGCUGCUGUACCCGAGCCACCCAACGCAGGCGCCCUACCACGGGGAGUCGCUGCUACGUCCACUCAACUUCACCUACGCCGCCAUCUUCAACGCGCUGGGCUUCCCCGUCACGCAAGUGCCUCUAGGCCUCUCCUCCAACGGCCUGCCUCUUGGCAUACAGAUCGUGGGCGGCAUGCACCAAGACCACCUUACUAUCGCAAUGGCGGAGGACCUGGAGCGGCACUUCGGGGGCUGGGCGUGUCCUUCUAAAAUACCGUAGGGCGGGAAGGAAGGCCAAAGGAGGCGCAGGGAAAGGAAAGGUCAACUGGAAGAGAAGGGAACAACAAGGAACACAAGAGAAGAACAAACAGGGGGAAGGAAAGACGUAGAAGAGAAGGGAACAACGAGGAACACAAGAGAAGAACAAAUAUGGGAGUAAAGACGAACACAAGAGAACAAACAGGGGAAAGGAAGACGAACAAGAAGAGAAGGCAACAAGAAGGAACAUGAGAGAAGAACAAAUAAAGAAGAGAAGAAUAAGUGAAGGGGAGAGAGAGAGAGACUGCUACUGCUACUAUUACUACUACUAUUACUACUACUACUACUACUACUACUACCUACUACUACUACUACUGCUGCUGCUACUACUACUACUACUACUACUACCACCACCACCACCACCACCACCACCACCACCAC